AACAGCAGCAGCGUUUGUUGCAGUAGCAACAUCAACAUCAACAGCAGCAACGUUAAGUUGACGUUGCCAUAGCUUUAUAGUCAGCAAAUAUCUGUCAAAAUCUGCUUACGCAUGCACACGCUUCAAUGGCAAUAUGUACGAGCAGCAGCAACACCAACAGCGCCAACAGCAACAGCAACACCAACAACGCCAACGACAACUGCAGCAUUAGCAGUAGCAGCAUCAUUACGAUCUUAACAAGCAAACUGCAUCAGCAGCGGCUACAACAACAUUUGAAACAACAAGAACAAGAAGAAGAACAACGACAACAGCAACAUCAGCAGCAGCAGCAGCAGCAACAACAACGAAUUUUUCAACAACGCGCCGCAAACUAUCAAAAUGUCAAUUCAAAAGUUAAACGACAACGCCAACUCGGGCUAUGUUAGCUCCGAGGAGACGGACUCCCUGCUAGUAUCGAAUCCAACAAAGGGCGGACGCACCGCCCUGCUUCGCCAGGUGAAGAAUAGCAGCAGCUCCGUCAACGGACCCACAUCGAACAAUAUGGCUUCCACGUCCGGUGGCAAACCGACACUGAUGCGUCAGGAUCGAACUUCCACAUAUCUAACCAGUCCGCAACAGUCACAGCAUGCACGCAUGGGAUCCGAGGAGAGUAUGCGUGGCAUUGUUGUGGCUCAUAUAGGUGGUGGUGGUGGUGGUGGCAAUGGCAACGGACACGACGAGGAUAUUGAGCAAGGACUGCGUGCCGCGAUAGUGCCUGAUAUUGAAGUACAUGAAGAGGACCAAGAACUAACACAAAACACAUCAACAACAACAUCAAUAUCAGCUGGCAAUGCAACGACCAAACAGCAUCAGCAACAACAACAAGAACAACAACAGCAACAGCAACAGAAACCGACCAUAUCAAUUAUGAAUUUAAGCUUAAAGCCACAUGAACAAGGAACGGGAAUGGCAAUGGGAAAGGGUAUGGGAACUGGAACGGGAACGGGAACGGGCACGGGCACGGGAACAGCGACCGGUUCGAGUCAUCCAAAUUUGGGCACAUCAUCAUAUCAGAAUUUAUCAUCGAGUAUACCGCCAAGUGCACCAAGUCGAUGUCGAGCCUGCCGCAAUUGCAGUCGCCGGGCAUCGACGACACCCAUCUCGACGGGCGGUCAAAUCGAUCGUUCCGCAUCGCGGGACAGUGUGAAAAGUGCCUUCCAACAGGGUAAUUUGACCAGCUCGAUGGCCAUAUGCAUAUCAAAUUCAGCCCUCCAACAGCAGCAACAGCAGCAGCAGCAGUUGCAAUUGCAUCACCAGCAACAGUUGCAGUCGCAUCAGCAGCAUCAACAGUUGCAACUGUAUCACUAUCAGCAACCGCAGGUGCCGCCAGUAUUAAUCACUUCAUCGCCGACAAAUGGGUCACGUAUAAUACGCCAGAGCUCACAGCCGGAGUCGAGCACAACGGCCAUCUGCUGUGGAUCGCACAGCUCGUGCGGACACUCGCACACCGUUCCGAAUGUCUCUUUGAAGCAGCUACGCGAAAGCACAACAGAUGGCAUUGCGGGCAUUGCGGCCGAUUCCCUACGGAUCAAUGGCGGCAUGCGUCCAUUCAAGCAGGGCGUUCUUCUAAUGCCACGCACAUUGUCCGAAAGCCGAAAGUUACGACUUAGAAGGGCCUUCACAGAGGCCACUAACGAAACGCUUCAAAGCUCCAAAAUGCUCCGCAAGCCAGCGUCGACACUUUCAAUUCCUGGCUCGAUGAAAACACCUUCUAUUGCGAACCGGGAACAGAUCGCAUCUGGAUGCAACGAAGAAGCGUCCGAGGCACUAGUGGGUAUCCACUCAGACUACCCUAGGUAUGAAAUGUAUAUGGAGGAACGGGCGCUUACUGGUGGCAAUACGUCCAGGAAGCCAUCGACAAACUCAGCCAAACACAAACCCAAUGUGGGCUAUCGCCUGGGCAAGAGAAAAGCUUUAUUCGAGAAGCGCAAACGCAUCAGCGACUAUGCCCUCGUCAUGGGCAUGUUCGGCAUCAUCGUGAUGGUGAUUGAAAACGAGCUGAGCAGUGCCGGAGUCUACACAAAGGCAUCGUUUUACUCGACAGCGUUAAAAACCUUAAUAUCUGUUUCGACUGUGAUUCUUUUAGGACUUAUAGUAGCUUACCAUGCUUUGGAAGUGCAGUUAUUCAUGAUAGAUAACUGCGCCGACGAUUGGAGGAUCGCAAUGACAUGGCAACGAAUUAGUCAAAUAGGGUUAGAACUUUUUAUAUGCGCUAUACAUCCAAUUCCUGGCGAAUACUAUUUCCAGUGGACGACAAAAUUGGCCAAUAAAAAUAAAACAAUUGGCACCGAAAUGGUGCCAUACGACGUAGCUUUAUCACUACCUAUGUUCCUUCGAUUAUAUUUAAUCUGCCGUGUUAUGCUGCUUCAUUCAAAGCUAUUCACAGACGCAUCAUCACGGAGCAUCGGCGCUCUCAAUAGGAUUAAUUUUAACACAAGGUUUGUUUUAAAAACACUGAUGACAAUAUGCCCGGGAACGGUUCUAUUGGUCUUUAUGGUCUCGCUAUGGAUCAUCGCAUCUUGGACAUUGCGGCAAUGCGAAAGGUUCCACGAUGAGGAGCACGCGAAUUUGCUAAACACCAUGUGGCUAACGGCAAUCACAUUUCUGUGUGUCGGUUAUGGCGACAUUGUGCCAAACACUUACUGUGGACGCGGUAUAACGCUCACCUGCGGCAUGGUGGGUGCUGGCUGUACGGCGCUACUUGUUGCUGUCGUAUCUCGCAAACUGGAGCUGACCCGUGCCGAGAAGCAUGUGCACAACUUUAUGAUGGACACGCAAUUAACAAAAAGGCUGAAAAAUGCUGCGGCGAAUGUUCUUCGUGAAACUUGGCUCAUUUACAAACAUACAAGACUAGUAAAACGGGUUAAUCCCGGCCGUGUAAGAACCCACCAAAGAAAGUUCCUUCUAGCUAUAUAUGCGUUGCGAAAAGUUAAAAUGGAUCAGCGCAAACUAAUGGAUAACGCAAACACAAUAACCGAUAUGGCCAAGACACAAAAUACGGUUUAUGAAAUCAUUUCGGACAUGUCGAGCCGUCAAGAUGCCAUCGAGGAGCGUCUUACGAAUCUAGAGGACAAAAUGCAAAGCCUACAAGAGCACAUGGAGAGCCUUCCCGAUCUAUUAUCGCGCUGUCUGACCCAGCAUCAGGAGCGCAUCGAGCAACGACGUAACUUUCUACAUCCGGAUACAGCAGCAGCUGCCAUACAGCCCAUACAGCCACCCACUCCCCAAUCCAUGUUCAAUGCGGCUCCAAUGCUGUUCCCCCAUUCGAGAAGUGUACCCUCAUCCAAUAACGCCGCUGCUACUUACCAUUGGCCAACAAGCCCUAUUUUGCCACCUAUAUCUAGUAGAACACCACAUUUAGUGCCUGAUACUCACAUGCCAUCAAAUGGAUCUGCAGUUAAUAGCUACGCAUCUUCCAACAAAUACGGCAGCUGAAUAUCAGAAAGAGAGCGCUCCAACUCCGUGAUUAACAUCGAGAUGCAUACAAUAAGGCCAACUACGUCAACUACAAUAACAACAGCUACUACAAUAUCCGCAUUCGCAUCCACAUUCGCAUCCACAUCCGCAAGCACAUUUACGUCAAUACCAAUACCCAUGUCGAGGUCCUUGUCGCCAACUCUGAUGGAGACAGCACUGAGGCAUCGUUUGCAUUCACCAUCGUCGUCUCUGGAACCGGAACAGCUCUUUGAACUGACAGAUUUUCAUCAGCCGUACUCGUAUCUACAGUCACAUCCGCAUCCGCAUUCGCAUCCGCAUUCGCAUCAGCAUCCGCAUUAUCGCAUCGUUGAGAAUAUACCAGCUAUAUUGGAGGAUGCCGAGUCCGCAAUGAUUAUGAACAGGAACAGUUCAAGAAUUCAAGCGAUAACAGCGGAUAUUUCAAUGACGGAAUCGAUAACAACAAACAUCGAUAGCGAUGCCACCGCGACAACGACAACGACGACGACGACGACGACGGCGACGAAUGCCCCAAAAAAGAUUACAGAGAAUAAGUUUACUAGGAAAAGAGAACGUGUAUGCAAUAAUAGUAGUAAUAGUAAUAAUAAUACAAGUAAUAGUAAUAUUAGUAAUUCUACAAGUCUAAUUUCGAAAUCGGCCUUUUGUAAAUAAGCCUCUUCGAAAUGAGAAAAACAAAAGUCAGACG